AUGUCGAACAACGGCACAAUAGCGGUGCCGCAGGUCAAAACAAGCACCUCGACAACCUCAAAAACACCCUUCCACUUUGCAGCCGGCCUUUGCUCUGGCCUCACCUCCUCCAUCCUCCUCCAGCCCGCCGACCUCCUCAAGACCCGAGUCCAGCAAUCCCAAGGAGCCGCCCUCCUCCCCACCCUCAAGGCAAUCCUCUCCUCCCAGAACCCAAUCCGCGGUCUAUGGCGCGGCACACUCCCAUCCGCCCUGCGAACAGGCUUUGGCUCCGCCCUCUACUUCACCAGCCUCAACUCACUACGCCAAGCCGUCGCGCAGAGCAACCCAAUGGCUCUAGCUAGCCCAGUGACAGGCGCCAAGUCAUCCUCCGUCCUCCCCAAACUCUCCAACACCGCCAACCUAGCCACCGGAGCCGUCGCCCGAGUCGCCGCAGGCUUCGUCAUGAUGCCCGUAACCGUCCUCAAGGUCCGCUACGAAUCAGACUACUACGCAUACCGCAGCCUACUCGGCGCAGGCCGAGAUAUAGUCCGCACAGAAGGUUUCCGUGGCCUCUUUGCCGGGUUCGGUGCAACUGCUGCUCGCGACGCCCCAUAUGCUGGUCUCUACGUCCUCCUCUACGAGCAGCUGAAACGUCGCCUCGCUCUGAUGACCACCAAAUCGGGAUCCGACGGUUCCCCGGCACCCGGCGUUUCAUCUUCGUCAAUAAACUUUGUCUCUGGUGCCGCGGCUGCCGGAAUGGCGACUGCGAUCACUAAUCCGUUCGACGCUGUCAAGACACGAGUUCAGCUCAUGCCGGCCAAGUAUGGGAACAUGGUCCAUGCUACGCGCCUAAUGCUCCGCGAAAACGGUAUCCGCAGUCUCUUUGGUGGACUCGGUCUCCGUAUGGGCCGCAAAGCUAUUAGCUCGGCGCUUGCAUGGACCGUCUACGAGGAGUUGAUCCUGCGUGCUGAAAAGCGCUGGGAAUCGAACCACCAGAUGGGUCUUUAG